UUAUUUCUCGUCCUUUGACAUGGCUGUUUUUCGUUGGGUAUAAAGGGAUAGGAAGGAAGGAAGGAAGGACACGUCGGCUAGUUUCUGUUUCUUUCCCAUGUUUUUUUUUUCUUUUUGUCUUUGUCUUUGUUGUUGUUUUUUGUCUAUUAUUUUCGGCGGUUUAAUUCGGAUACAUAAACUCAUGGACGGAGCUAAUAAAGUACAAUUUCAUCAUAUUUACUCUUCUGUAGACUGGUCUCUGAACAGCCAAAACAAACAAAAAGUCCACUUUGCUCACCCAAACUCACCUUCGCCACCGUCGCGACCACUUUUGCCUUUCCCGAUCACCCGCAAAGUCACCUUCCUCCGCCCUCGUCGCGUCCCCGGCUCUUUAUUUACUAUUUACACCGUAAACAAAUCCGACGCGUCCUCGGCCCCGUCCUUCUCGCAGCCUGCCAUGGCUCUCAGCCGCGACCGCUCGCCACCGCCCGCCGAGGUCCCUAUCGACCCGCACAUGCUCUAUCACCACCCGCAGCACCCUUCCUCUCUUUCGACACACCACCACGCUACCGACGAUGAGGAGGAGGACGACGACGACGACGACAGCGACCAGAACGGUCACGGAACCGGCAACCCCGACAACGCCGCCGUCGAAGCCCUGCUCGGAAACCACCACCACCACAUCCACCACCACGACCCCUCCUCAUUCCUCGACGAGCUCCCGACUUCACACACGCGUCCGCCCCGGCACCCGGACGCAAUGGUCCCCGCCAUCCUCCGCCAGCGCCCAAAGUACGUCGAAACAGAGCACGUCGUCGUCUACCACUGCCCCGUCACCGACUGCCCGACCAAGACCUACGCCCAGCGCGGCCGCCGCGCGAUCCUGCGCCAUCUCCGCUCGCGCACCGACGACGCCCACGUCGCCGCGCUCGAGCACUUUUCCCAGUCCCGCAGCGCGAUGACGAAGCAGGAGCGCUCGCGCAAGACCUCGCGCACGUACCGCGAAAAGAACCUCAAGGAAGCGCAGGAGCGCGCGGCGCUCGACGGCGCGCCGUACCUCGCGCCGCUGUAUAACCCGCUGCUGGUCAAGAAGCACGAGGCAUACGUGCGCAAGAAGAUCAAAACCGUGCUGGACUCGAUCCCGAAGCCGUCGUGGCCGGUCGCGCCAGGUCUGUCGGCGGCCGAUGCGGCAGUGAACGCGCUGCUGCAGCAGCACGCGGCGGAGAUGCAGACGAACGUGCUCUGGAUCCUGCAGGAGAUGGACAACUGCGUGUAUUUCCCUCCCGGCGCUGAUAUCCCUGCCAUGUUAUCCGGCGAGGGAGGCGAGUACUACCGCCGCCGUCUGCGGGAGCUCGAAGAACGGCUGCCGUCGCGGGUAGCGCAGAUCCGAGCAGCGGCCGUACAGCUCGAUAGUCCCGGGGCGCUUACCCGCGCGAGCGUCGAGUUUCAAGUAUGGAAAAAAACCGACGACAUUCAGCGCGCGAAGCGGCAGCUCGAUCGCGAGCGCUACGAGCAGGAGACAGAGGAAGCGGCGCGACGGAUUGAGGAGUGGGAACGCGAGCGGACGAAGGAGGGGAUCGAGGAGAAAGUCGAGGAGGAGAUGAGGAAAUGGAAGGAGCAGAUGACGGAAAAAUUGAGAGAGCAGUGGAGGCAGAAGGAUCCGUUGAUGGCCGAGCAGGAGACGAUUGCUGUUGCUGCUCUUGCGGUCCGGCAACAGGAGUGAUUUAUAGAUUUCUUGUUGUUUUCUAUUUUGUAUAUUUUGGGAUAUCUGGAGCAUGGCGUAUUGAUGGUUUACUAAUUUCAAAUUGAUUCAUAAAUAGUCCUUGAAUAGACUGUAAAUUCACAUUGACAAACUGAUACAACAAAACAGAGGAAUAAAGAAAAGGAAAAAAGAAUGCUUGAUAGAUUCAAAGAGACUUGCACUCGCGCUCUCGCGCGCUCAGUAUCAGUCAAUAUAGACUAAUUCCUCUAAUCCCACCCUAUUCAUGGCCGCACCACAAAAUACAUAACUCAUAGUCUUUCGUCAGAUAGACAAUUCCUGCUCGAGGGCAGUUGAAUACAAGAACGAGAAGGUCAAACGGUGCUGAACA